GCAGGCUCUCGCAUCUGCUAUCAGUGAACUUUUCCCCCGAGCGCGUCGCUGUGUCCAUCAAGAGUUUGUUUACAAAGUGCACAGCGGUCGUGUAGUGCCCUCAGCUGGGGGGUUAUGGAGACAACUGUCAGCUUUAACAGCAAGUAGUUUGACUCAAAAGUACAUAUACAGAGAAGCAGGAUGAUUCGACUAGGACAAGGCAAAAUUCUUGGUGCUUUGAAGACGGCUGGAAGGUCUAUGUCUACAGUGUCAACAGAGGCUGGAAAUAUCGGAAAUCAGACUUCAUGUACACAAGAGUACAACGGACUUCCAUUUGGUAACAUUCCUGGUCCUAAAAGAAUUCCUCUUUGGGGUAACUUAUGGCAAUAUAAGUUAGGCAUUUAUGACUGGACUCAGUAUCAUAAAGUCCUUUGUCAGCUGCACGAAGAGUAUGGUCCUAUUGUCCGAGAAGAUCUUGGACCUUACUACACAGUUAUUCAUGUUUUUGAUCCCGAUGAUGCACGGACAGUCUAUGCAGCUGAGGGACGGUCGCCUAUUAUUCGUCCUCUUCAGGAAACAGUUAAGUUGUAUCGCCAGAAAAAGGAUAAGUCUCCUGGACUAGGAAAUACGAAUGGAGAGGAGUGGUACAGAUUAAGGAGUGCAGUGCGACACUUGAUGCUUCAACCUCGAGAAGUUAGCCAGUAUUUACCUGAAGUUGAUGAAGCUACUAACCUUCUAAUAGCUCGUUUAAAAUCUUGUAUGAGUCAACAUGGAAGGGUCACCACUCUGAAUGAGGAAGUAGCAAAGUGGUCUCAGGAAUCUGCGGGCCGUAUUUGCUUUGGUAAAAGUCUUAAAUGCUUUUCUCAAGGCCCUGAAGAAAAAGAACUUGAUGUUAUCAUUAAGUCCAAUCGAGAAAUGUUCAGGCUCUCAGCUGUACUCAAAUUUUCCCUGCCUAUUUACAAAAUAGUGCCAACUCCUCUUUGGCGGAGAGUAUCUGAAUUGGAAGAUAUUUUAGUAGACUACUCUGAGAAGCACGUCAACUUCACUGUGGAUACAAUUAACAGCAUUGUAAAGGAAGGGAAGGAAAUUCCAGACCGUUAUAGUUUUAUGAGCCACCUUAUUGCCUCAAAAGAUUUGAGUCGAAAGGACAUAACAGUAUUGACCCUGUCACUUUUCCUUGAUGGUCUCAGCACAACAGUACCUAUGCUGCUUUUCACUUUGUACAAUCUUGCCAUUCAUCCUGAAGUUCAAGAAAAGACUUUUGAAGAAAUAAAGAAUGCACUUCCUGAUACUUCGACACCUCUCACUCCAAAAAUCCUAGGGAAUCUUCCAUACCUUAAAGCUGUUGUGAAAGAGAGUUUUAGAACUCUGCCCAACGGAACUGAUAUUUCUAGAAUCCUGGAGCAAGAUCUCAAUUUGUCUGGUUACAACAUUCCAGCUGGUACCCAUGUUAAUUUAAAUAUGCUUGUAAACUUUCAAUCCGACAAGUACUUCCCAGAACCCGAGAAAUUUUUGCCUGAGCGCUGGUUACGGGGUGAUGAAAGUCAAUCUAUCCAUCCCUAUGUAUUGACUCCAUUUGGUCAUGGAACCCGGACUUGUGCAGGUAGAAGGUUUGCUGAACAAGACAUUUAUGUAUUCCUUGCAAAAAUUUUGAGAAACUUCAAGCUUAGUCAUUCUCAUGAAACUGCACUUAGAUCAGUGUAUCACACCCUUUUAUUCCCAGAAGGGCCUUUGCACCUCCACUUUGAGCCUCGCAAAAAUUGAGUAUUGGCCUAAUUAAUUUUUACCUCAUAUUCUGCUCUCCCAAACUCUUUGUGAGGUCCAAGAGUCGUCGUAAUAGUACCUGAUAUCAAGAGUCAAUAUAUAAUUUUUGGCUUUUGGCAAUAUGUUACCAACCUUCAGUCUCUGAUCAGACAGAAGACAUGUAAUAUUCUCAUCUUCCUUUUCGUUUCAGUAUAUUUUUCUAUCUUAUAAAUAAACGUGGAAAAUGGG